UAAACCACACACGCAUUACAUAGUAGUUGUGUUGUAGCUGCGCUGGCAUCGACAAGUAUGAGAGGAGAGAAGUUCACGGGCUGAGCUGGGCUGGUUGGCAGCCGUUGGCGCAUUCCUGGAGAGACGAGGCGACCCGCUGGUAUAAUAAUAACAACGAUAAGUCGUGGGACAGCCUGCGUUACUGAAGAAAUCACUGGUUUACACAUACCGUGUUUGGAUACACAGCGGCGGCGGGGGAAGCAGCAGGAACAGGGCGAGUGUGUGAGUGCUUUGGCGGCGGUCCCGCUGCUAGCGAAACAUGAACAAAAACCACCGAGUGCCGAGCAACCGUUCUCUGAGUGCCGUGGAGGUGAAGAGCAAGUUUGGUGCAGAGUUUCGUCGGUUCUCUCUGGAUCGGUCAAAGCCGGGCCGAUUUGAUGAGUUCUACGGCCUCCUGCAGCACGUGCAUCGCAUCCCCAACGUGGAGUUGUUGGUGGGCUAUGCUGACGUGCACGGCGACCUGCUGCCCAUCAACAACGAUGACAACUACCACAAGGCCAUCUCCACUGCCAGCCCUCUACUCAGGCUGUUCCUGCAGAGGAAAGAGGAAGCCGAUUACACAACUUUUUGUACCGACUCUCUGACCAGGAAGAAAAACACGGUGCUUUCUGCGGUUCUUCUGCGGCCUGACACCAACAGGAAAAAACCACCGGUCAUCAUCAGCCUCCCUAAGGACUUUCGCCCUGUGUCCUCCAUCAUCGAUGUGGACAUCCUCCCUGAGACGCACCGGCGUGUUCGCCUGUACAAACACGGCCAGGAAAAACCACUGGGCUUCUACAUCCGUGAUGGUUCCAGCGUACGGGUCACUCCACAGGGCCUGGAGAAGGUCCCAGGGAUAUUCAUCUCUCGCAUGGUGCCCGGCGGGCUGGCGGAGAGCACCGGCCUGCUGGCAGUCAAUGACGAGGUGCUGGAAGUGAACGGUAUCGAGGUGGCUGGGAAGUCUCUGGACCAGGUGACGGACAUGAUGAUUGCCAACAGCCACAACCUCAUCAUCACCGUCAAGCCUGCCAACCAGCGGAACAAUGUUGUUCGCAGCGGAGGAGGAGGUGCGGCGUCUGGUAGCUCAGGACGCUCGUCGGACAGCGGUGCCAGUUACUAUGGUGGGCUCGGUGCUGCAGCCUCCAUGCCAUCGCACAUCAUUCAGAACUUCCCCGUUGGGGAGCUGGAGAGCGACGAGGACGACGAGGACCUGGUGAUCGAGCCAGGAGGCGAAGCCGAGCCAAUCAGACGCGCCCCUUCCAACUACAGCAUGCCCUCGCUGCUUCGGUAUGAGCCUCACCUCAACCUCCGCACUGCCACCAACUCUGCCUCCGCCCAUUCCAUCAACGCCAAUGGGACCCUACCAGCCAGCGGCAGCAGUGGAUCACUAAGCUACGCCAAUGCCGCUUCGACCACGCCUUCGCCAGAGAGAGCAAUGGAGAGGCGGAGUCUGGAGGAAGAUGGCACUGUUAUAACUCUGUAGGCUGGGCUUUCACACGCUAAACACUGGAAACCAGAGAGAAACAAACACUCAGAUACUUCCACACACACUUGGAGUCAUGGACUGGCAAAUCAAAUACAGGAACAUCCUGUUCCACCAUACAGUGACUGUACCUGAGAAGCACAAUGAUGUGUGUACAUAUUAAAUCUUAACGACACUGAUACCUAAAUGUUUGUACAUCCUAACAUUUACACGUCAAACACUGCACUCCAUACCUUGCUCUCUCUACAUGCCAAUGUCCAUGCAUGUGUGCCAUAGUGGUGACCUCCCUCCUGAGCUCUGCAGGCACAACAUUUUCAGAGAAAGAAGUGAAGACAAAGUGUAGUUUGGUGCUCCCCUACCCUCCACUUUUAUUUUUAAACCACUAGAAGCACUUGUUUUUAACCCCCAAAAAACUGUUGUUACAGAGUUUCCACUAGAGGGCAGAGAUGAGACACCACAUCCUCCCCCAUUUCCUCUCAUCAGUCCCAUAAAUAGGUGAAGGUAAAAGUCCUGUGAACAAGGCAGUCCCAUAAAAAACACACACACAUUUUAUCUCAAGCUUUCGUUGACAAUCUGUGCCUGUUUUUUUUUUUUUUGCCUCGUCACCCUGCCCCCAUCCCUGCAUCACACUACAGCCACCUGCCUUCCAUGCUCCCUUUCCCCAGGUGACCACAGCAUGCGAUUGGUAAACAGUUGCGGUACUUUCCACAGAGUUCAGUACCACAACAAUCAACCAAAUGCUGAGAUCUGCAAUAAAACUGUAGUUUUUAUUCGAGGAAAAACCACCUUUAAAAAAAACCCCAAAAAAACAAAAACAAGUCUGGGCUCUUUGUGUUGGCUCGGGUGCUUUUAACCACUGUUUUUAGCUGUUUUCCUUUACCUGCUGUGUUAAUGACUGACUGAAAGGUGGAUGAUUUUAAUGAUUCUUGGGAGAAACUUGUAUUUUGAAAGUCCCUUUAACAUAAGGCCUGUGUUUUAUAUUAUUUUCUUUUUUUUGUUUCUUUUCUUUUAUAUACAAUGCUUCUAUCUCACAGGUGACUGCAUGACCAUAUUCCACCUGACCAACUGGAAGUUGCAAGUCUUUCCAUAAAAUUGCUCCUACCUGGGAAUGGGACAUCUUAGAAUGAAUUUCCUUCAUAUUGCACUCCCUCUCCUUUCCAUGACAAGGGCUAUUUCCCCUGCUGCAUGUGUUCAAAUGAGAAAAUGUCAAUGUGAUUUCAUUUUUUUUGUUUGUUUGUUGUCUCUCUCUCUCUCUCUCUCUCUCUCUCUCUCUCUCUCUCUCUCUCCAUUCUUUCUGGACCACGACUCAGUAUAUCUAAUCUCAGUGCUGUACAGUAGAUUCAUCUCUGUUGUUUUCUGGCCAGGCCCGGAGUUCACUUGGAUGUGUCCUGAGACAUUCACAUAUGAAGAGUUUUCUCUCCAGUGCACCAUUUCACAGAGCACCAUUCAUCUUUGUAUCUUCAGUUUCAUUGAACGCAAUGAAUGACACACCAUGGGAAAAUGUAACACAGCAGCUGUAUUCAGAAUACAUCCUUAACAUUGACUUGGGCCACAUCAAUUAGAAAGUAAAACCACAGAAAAGAAGAAAUGAGACUCUGCCAGUAUCUCAAAAUAAACCCUGGUCAGACUGAGUCAUAUUGAAACAAACACACAUGCAGGCACACCGGGCACAACCUGUCUCACUUUCUGUAUUUGUUAAAGGUGAGGUAGGUCUCCCUUAUGUACAGCAUGGCUUAGCCCUGAUCUGCAUUUCAACCAGAGCUGUUUCUUUCAUAAAAAGUUCCUAACAAGGCUGUAAUGAACUUCUUCUCAGCACAAACUUGACUGACAGAUUAGGCCUAAGGUUAAAAAUUCUUCAACUUUUAUUGUUGUUUUUAAAACAUUUUAAAACACUGUGUUUUAGAAAUUCCUUCACCCUACAAGUCAAAUUUGUGCGUUUGUGCUGUAUAAAUUCAAUUGACUUGACCCACAACAUAGAAUUUAUAGUGCAGCUUUUGAUUUUUUUGGCAACUUCACUCAGAAAUCUGUGUUUCUGAUCACAUUCCAUGAAACGUUCUCCACAGAAAUAAGUAAUCCUGGUUCUGUUUUAGUUCCUGUUUGUGAAGCAGAUCCAUAGCACUUAUUGGAACUAAAUAUCCAUUACCAUUACAUUCUGCUGUUAACAGCCUCCCUGAAGUGAGAGCAGAUGGUCUGUGAUUUCUCUUAUUGAUUUUUACCAUUUCCUUUCCUGUCGAAAGUGAUAACAUUAAGUUAAGCUUGGAUUUUUUUUUUCUCACUCACUAAAACAUCUUUGUCUCACACACUCACACACACAGUCACUUUCAGUAAUGUUUAUUGGUUUCAUCUGAGCCAAUGUGCACUUGUAACAGAACACAGUACAUUCAUACAGAUCACCGUCACACUAAUAUUUAUCGUUUUUAGUUCUGUUUAUUGUUUGAAUAUGUGAUGAGCCCAUCAGACAGUGUAUAUCUAUGACUGGAAACCAACACACACUUUACGUAUGUGUGUCCAAUAUUGUAUCUCAAGCUCUGUGUACAAGGUACUGUCCUUUUGGUCUUCUGUGGUACAGCGGGUGAUGGUGGAAUUCUGUCUUCUUUCUUGUCUAACAUUAAACACAGUGAUGAAUGGUACUCUGAAUGGGAUAUUUUUAGAAAUCAAUGUUAAUUUAUUUUCUUUAUCUCUAACUUUACCGCAGGACACUGGGAUUGUAACCACAGCUACAUUUUUAUUUAUUCUCUAAUCAUGUCUGCAUAUUGUCUUUCUUUGUACACAUUUUAUGACUUUAUUUUUAUAACUGAGAUGUUUUUGUUUAUUCAUAAUUGUUUUGGUUAUAAAUCUCAUGGUACAGUAGCUGUUAUUGCCCAUUAGGAGAUGAUUUCAGUAGAUGAUUUCACUGUUCUGGAGAAUCUGUGCAAGACAUGACACUAUUAUUAUUUUUCCCAUACUGUGAAUUAUUCAUUAUUAUUUUGCGGAAGAAAAACACUUGUAUUAGCACGACCUCAAAACAGGCUACAUGUUUUGCUUUGAGUCUGACUUUUUUUUUUUUUAAGUGAUUGAGCAAUGAUUUUUGCUUGCCAGAUAAAUCCUAUGGUAUAGAUUUGUAAAGAAGAUUGUCAGUAUUUUCAUAUUGAUACGAUGUACAUUUUUAUCACAUUUAAUGAAAAUGUUUAAAGAUUCAACUGGAGAUGUAUGAAUAAAUAGACGUACACCUGUAAUUUCUGAUUGAAUGAGCUGGAUAAAAUAAACUAAUAUGU